AAAAUUAUGGGUUGAAAAGAGAAUUUUUGAAACGCCACAAAGUACAUCUGAUGCACCCGACAAUGUAUGUAAUGCCACUUUUCCAAGAAGAUCGCAAAGAGUAAAACAUUUGCAUAGUCAUCGCAGUAUUGGGAGCUCAUUUUAUAUGCAAAUGAAGAAACGACAGGUUAAAACUUCUGUACUAAAAAAUUUGAAAAGGCCAUCGACAAACUUACUCGGAGAAUACCAUAGUGAAGAGAACACUCCUUCAUACACUCGUAAACAACGAUUUAUGAUGGAGAAUUGCAAUAACACUACUGAUAGUACCCAUAAAUCGAGAGAAAAUGAGGAUACAUCAAUAAAGUUGUUGAAAGCUGAAUUGGAAUAUCAACGAUCUCUCAAUAAAUUUCAUCUACAAUCUAGAUGCAAUAAUUUGGAUGAAAUGAAAGAAAUUGAAAGAAAGUGCCAAACGUUACAAUUGUAAUUAGUACAAACAAAUGAAGAUAAUCAAAAUUUAAUAGAAGAAAAAAAACAAAUGCAAGCAAUGAUUAAUGAUCUUCAAGCGAAACUGGUGGCAGCUGAUCUCGACAAACAUAAUUUUGAAAAGACAGCUGAAAAUAAGAUGAUACAACAAUUGCAAUGUUAUUUCACAGAAGGACAAAUAAGAUGCAUCAGAGAAAAUCGAAAAUGGGUUUGGUGGUCAAUAGAUGAUUAUGCUUCGGCAAUUUCAUUUCGCAGUGUUAGUCCAAAAGCAUACAGAUAUUUUCGACUUAAGCUCAAUUUUCCUUUACCGUCGCUCUCUUCAUUGAAAAGGUGGGCUUUACAGAAAUUU